UGAUAAACUUAUUAAAUAGUUGAGAUGAUGGUUUGUUUUUUCUUUGAAUUUUCACCACGGAAAUGACGCGUUUUUAUUGGAUCAAAAAUGGAUCUGAGAUUGCCGUGCAUCCGCUUGAUGAAACGUGCAGUCAGACUGGCCAAAAACUGGCAUGCAGUUGUGCCAGCUGCGACCGAAUCGGAGAGAAAUCAUUUGAUGAAUUUGAUCAAAGAGGAGUUCUCUAAACACGCUCAAGACAUGUCUGUAGUUGAUAAUGCAUACAUCAAAUCGUUGAGUUCGAGACUGGACAUGAUAGAACACUAUAAGACACCCUUUGAGAGGCCCACACAUUAUGCGCAGCACUCGACAGUGUUGGACUUCCAUGGACUGAAGAAGCAAAAACAGAUUGCGAGUCAGGCCAAGUUGCCCAGCUCAAAACAGAACACCGCCAGUGCAGAAGACACGCAAACAACAAAUUCAGAUUGAAGUUUUCAUUUUGUACUAUUAUAAAAAUUUUUGUUUAAAUUUAAUUAGUUCGAAAAAGAAUAAUAUGGAUAUUAGUAGUCGCUUAUUUAAU